AUCCCUUUCUCCUUGCCCCCCAUGUAGCCUAACCCACAAUCCUUCUACUUCCUCAGCCUCGGAUUCUGUCUUGAUGAGGGUUGAUGUAUAUUGCUCACUGACAUAAAGUGCAACCCCCCCCCCUUUCUUCCCCGACCUGUCCUUUCUGUACAAUCUAUAGCCCUCAAUAUGUACCGCCCAGUCAUGGGAUGAAUCCCACCAGGUCUCUGUUAGCCCCACUAAGUCAUAGGUGUUUAGUGCAAGCAGGAGCGCUAGUUCAUCCUGCUUGUUCCCCAUGCUCCUAGCAUUAGUAUAUAGGCACUUGAGCCCUGCGACUGGUGCCUUUGUUGCCCCCCCGCUCCCAGUCCCAUGGGGCCCAUUGUUUCUUACCUUCUUGUUCCUUACCUGUUCUGUUGUGCUGGCCUCCCCAUGGCUUUCAGUUUCCCAAUGUUCUCCUUCUUCAGGCUGGGCUGUCCUUGUGGGUGCCACAUGGUUUGGUGGUCCACAGCUUCCCCUGCCCUCGUACUCCCCUCCCCCCGACGAGCCUAGUUUAAAGCCCGCCGGAGGAGAUCUGCCAACCUAGAAGAAAACACACGCUUACCUUUGGGGGACAGGUGAAGCCCAUCCCAGCUGAGCAUGUCCCUCGUCGUGAUGUGCGGGUCAUGGUCCAGGAAACCGAAGCCUGCCUCGAGACACCACUGCCGAAGCCGCCAGUUGGUCUCUCAGUUGUCAUGCCUCUUGCCUUCAGGGUUACAGAGAAUGAAGUUGCUGAUUACUUGUGUCAUUAACAGAACUAUUCUUUCCUUUGUGCAUCUAUCCCUAGCACUUUUCCAGCUGUUUGUCCUUGUGCUAGCUCUAAGUGUGGGAGGCUUUUCUAGCUAUCCUGAACACUGCCUUCAUGAUCCUGAUUAUGAUCAUCUGGUGAAGAUCGCCAAACACGGACUGGGAAAGGCAGCCCAUCCAAAGAAGAUUGUCAUUGUGGGGGCAGGAAUAAGUGGACUCACUGCUGCCAAACUUCUCAGGGAUGCGGGUCAUAAGGUUAUAGUCCUGGAAACCAGUGGUAGUAUAGGAGGACGGGUCAAGACCUAUCGUGAUGAGACACAAGAUUGGUACGUGGAGCUGGGAGCCAUGCGUUUACCAAGAAGCCACAGGAUUGUGCGUGAAUUUAUUAGACAAUUUCACCUGAAGCUAAAUGAGUUCUCUCAGAUGAACGACAAUGCCUGGUAUUUGGUUAAUGGCAUCAGGGCAAGAGUAAGAGAAGUCAAGCAAAAUCCCGACAUGCUGAAUUAUACUCUGCAUCGUUCAGAGAGGGGCAAAUCUGCUAGUGAACUUUAUAGGGAAAUUCUGCAGGCGGCCAUAUCGGAGCUCCAGAGUUCAGAAUGCAAGAAAUAUUUGGAUAAAUACGACUCUUUUUCUACCAAGGAAUAUUUGAUUAAAAAAGGAAAAUUAAGCCAUGGGGCUGUGAAGAUGAUUGGUGACUUGCUGAAUGAGGAUUCUGGGUAUUACCUGUCAUUUCUCAGCUCUCUCAUGGAUUUUGAUAUCUUCUCUCAUGAAGAGGGCUUUGAUGAGAUCGCAGGGGGCUUCGACCAGUUGCCCAUUGCCUUCUAUUACUCUAUGCCUGGCAUUGUCCAGCUUAACUCCACGGUUGAGAAGAUAAUAACAAAUGGUAACAUGGUUCGAGUGCUUUACCGUGCACCAGACACACUGACUCCUUAUGUUCUGACGGCUGACUAUGUCCUCAUUACAGUUUCAGCCAAAGCCACAAGACUUAUCAAUUUUAUGCCACUGCUUUCCCCCCAAAAGGCAUGUGCCUUGCGCUCUGUUCACUACUCCAGCUCCACCAAGAUUGCCUUGGCCUGCACUGAAAGGUUCUGGGAAAGAGACGGGAUUCAUGGUGGGCAGUCAAUCACAGAUCGUCCCUCCAGGUUCAUCUACUACCCCAACCACAACUUCUCCAGUGGUGUGGGUGUGAUCCUGGCUUCCUAUACUUGGAACGAUGAUGCUGACUUCUUUGUUCCUCUCAGUGAUGAGAAGUGCAUUGAUGUAGUGCUAGACGACCUUUCAGCAGUACACGACAUAUCCAAGGACUACAUCCAGUACGUCUGUGAUAAGCACGUGAUACAAAGGUGGAACUUGGACAAACAUUCCAUGGGGGCAUUCGCCUUCUUCACCCCGUACCAGUUUAUGGACUAUUCCAAGGCCCUGUUUCAGAAAGAAGGGAGGGUCUAUUUUGCAGGAGAACACACAGCUUGGCCUCAUGCCUGGAUUGAUUCUUCUAUGAAAUCUGCUGUGAGAGCAGCAAGAAACAUUCACCGGGAUAGCAACCUACCUCCAGGACAAUAGCUGCAGCAGGAAGAGGAGCCGGAGACUGUUAGCUUGGGUUUCAGAGAUGAACUUUAAUGUCUCCAGGAAUAUUUGGGGAAGAAACAAAAGAGCUGGACACCAAACCCAGACAUAGUAACUGUGCUGCUACGCACCUUUACCUGGCACACAUCCUCAGCUGGUGAAAAUCCAGGUGUUUCCUUUCAAGUCAAUGAUGUCACAUUGACACAUAACAGCUUAGAAUUUGGCCCCAGGUGUGUUUCAAAUAGGAUUAUUUUUUGCUUUCUCUCUUGAAACAUUAGGCAGGUAGAACAACAGUAGAGAAAACUCAUUCAUCAAAAUAAUUGCUGCUCAAAUGCACUACACUCACUUUUUUAUUUAAUGCACAAGCAUACAGUUAUAA